AUGAAUACAUCCAUGUGGUUUUCAGUUUGUGCCACAUUUUGUUUGAGCUUUUUGCCCCAAACAUUAACCCAAGAUGUGCAUUCCAGAACUAAACGAUUUUUAAUAUUUCCUCGGCAAGCGCCCACAAGACAUCAGUUUAUUGCUGGCAUUGGUAUACCAGCCGAUCUUGACUACGAAUCACUCACUGUGGGCUACGUUUUAAAGGCAGAAUAUUAUCUACCUUACAAUGCAAGUGUUUAUAGGCAAAAUCCACUUUUUCCCGAAUAUAAACCGAAUACCAUAGAUGUCGAAAAACAGCGGAAAUUAUUUAUGAAACCUACGUUUCUCCGUUGGCAAAUAUACAACUUCAUCGAACAUAUGCUUAACGGUUACGGAUUAAAUGGACAUGAAUGUCUUUUAGAGGCCAUCUGCGAAGCCAAUAGAAUAAAAUUUGCAAAUGAUUUUAGCACUGCAGCUCAAAUGUUACAUUUGCUUUUAAGUCCUUCUUCAACUUUAAACUCUGUAUCGGAAGAAGCACGGGACUUCAUACUGGCCGAAAAAGAUGGAUCCCGCCGAAUGAAAUGUGCAAAAUAUGACUGCAAUACAAAAAUAAUUGAUUGGUUUUCCCUUGUCAGAAAAUUUGAUUUUUAG